GGACACCGGCCGACUCCAUUUUCAGCGCUAGGAAUUUUAUCAAUCCAUCAUCAUAUCGCCAUCGAUUGAAGAAAAAAAAGGUCGAAUAUUAAUCAACCAGCAACGACCAUUUAUAACUCCAACCAGUCACAAUCUUUACAAUCUAUCGGCAUUCAUACUUCGAACCCAACAUUCAUCCGUCACAACAUAAGACUUCAAGGUUUUCCAGACGGGACUUUGAGCGGGAAAAAAAAGUACCAAGUCCAUUCAUUUAAAGACCACACAAAAUGGAUCACACACGAGACCCAUGUCCUUGGGUGGCUUUGAACGAUUUUGGGGGAGCUUUUUGUAUGGGUGCAAUCGGAGGUGCAGUAUGGCACGGUGUUAAGGGCUUUCGAAAUUCACCUUACGGCGAGAGAAGGAUUGGCGCACUCACAGCCAUAAAGGCACGAGCUCCUGUUCUAGGAGGAAACUUUGGUGUUUGGGGUGGGCUUUUCUCGACUUUCGAUUGCGCCGUUAAAGGAUUAAGGAAAAAGGAAGAUCCUUAUAAUGCUAUUAUUGCUGGAUUCUUCACUGGUGGUGCUUUGGCAAUUCGUGGUGGUGCGAAAGCUGCAAGAAACUCCGCGAUAGGAUGUGCAGUUCUCUUGGGUGUUAUUGAGGGUGUUGGAAUUGGGUUCCAAAGAAUGAUGGCAGGAAAUACGAAAUUAGAGCUACCUCCUCCACCUCCCCCUCCAUCUGAAUCCGGUCAAACUGGGUUCCCAGCAGUCGCAUAAUAUCUUUACUUUACCUUGCUACAAAUAUAAUACCUCAAGUUGGUCGACCUCUCCAACAAAUUACACAAACUCUACUCUUUUCGUCCAGCCAAUAGAAGGUUUUGGUCGUAUGGAUUCUCCUGCAUUAUAAUAUUGUGUAGGACACCCGCACUUGAUACUGGGCUUGUUUGCAUAGCUGGGAUUGGUGUAUGUAUAUCUAGAUUUGACCUUUUGGCCCCUAUCCCAGAUUUGAGGAAGGUUACGGUUAUGUUAUCAAGCGUAACGAAUGGAAAUGACGAUAAAAUCUCACAUUCCCCUCUUGUGAUUAUAUGGCCAGGUUGUGUGCAAAUGAUCCAGAAAGAUUUGUAUGGUCUAGCGGCCGAUCCCUUGUUCUUUAGCAAGCCAACACUCUUAUGUAUA